AUGAUAUUCGGUUUAGGAAAAUUAUUCUAUGUUAUUCUGCUGCUGAUUAAUUCCGUAGCAGUGCUGAGUGAAGAAAGAUUUUUGAUUAGAAUCGGCCUUGGCAGAAGUUCUGAUGCGCCAGUAUUUGGUCAAGAAGAAAAUUCUACAAAAUCAAAAGUUGUGCAGUUGAUUGGCGCUGUACAGACUUUAUUAAGGAUCCCCUUGAUUGGCAUUAAUAUAUUGGUAAUUGUCUAUGAGCUUUUACUUGGUUGA